AUGUCAUUAUCCACUGCCACACCAAUCAAGCGUCCAAUUGAAUAUCUACAAGAUGACAACUUGAGUGAAAUUCUAUCACGAUCACCAAGUCCAGAUCCACAAUCAGAUAAAUCCAAUCAAACCAAUCAAGUUGACUUAAACGGUAAUCCUGAUUGGGGUCCGAUAACCACCUGCGAUUGGGAUGGAUGUGCUAUGAUAUUCGGUGAUCAGCAUCUAAUGCUUGACCACAUCUACAAUGACCACGUUGGCGAUAAAUCUAAAUACACAUGCGAAUGGAUUGGCUGUUCACGCAAAUCAAAGAAUCAGUCUUCAAAACAAGCUUUAAUAGCUCAUUUGAGAUCUCACACCACCGAUAAACCUUUUAUUUGCCAAGAGAAAGCAGAAUGUGAUAGAUCUUUCACUAGGUCUGACGCUUUGGCUAAACAUAUGAGAAUGCAGCAUCACGUUGAUACCCUUCCAACUGUAAGAGGUUCUGGUGCAGCACCACCUCCAAGCGAGAAGAAAUCAGCUAGAAAAUCUAAAGUGGAGAAUGAAGAUGGUGAGGAUGGCGAAGCCGAUCACCCACAACAAGUAAAUGAUCAAAGGAAGGAAGAAGAAUCUUUAUUUAUCGAUCAAGCUGAUGAAAUGGCUUUUCAAACUGUUCUCACUGCACCAGGUGAACCUCCCUUUUACCCAGAAUAUACUCUCGCUGUUGCUCAAUUUCAAGUUGUUGAAGAGAACAAUGAGCUUAUUCGUCAGGUUCUCAAUAAUGAAAGAAACGUCCUCGAACAACUCGAACAGGAAAACGAUAGGAUGCUUUCUCAAGUUAUGGCAAAUGAAAUAAAUGACACAGCUUCAAAUGAAUUCUUCAAACAACUCACUCUACCAAAGUUGAAUCGUUCGCUGAAAUCCACCAACAAUCACUAUAGAUCAGGUCCACAUGUUAUUUAUCAUGAGAUACAGACUGGGGAUAUUGAUUGA